UAUUUCCAACAUCACCCCACACGUGUAUCUCCCUAAUUUUCCUGCAUUCCCCAAACAGUGCCAAUUAAUUUUAUUAAUUAAAAAUCGGCCCCUCCUUCUCCGCGGAACUUUCCUCCGCUCCCCACUCCGAUAUCGGAUCUCUUCCUAUUUAUUCCCCGUCGCCACAACUCUGUAAUCGCAGCUCAAAAAAAUGGCUCGAUUUCUAUUCAUUCUCUUCAUCUUCGCCAAUGCAUUUCUGAAUUCCGUCGUCGUCGUCGGUGCCGAGUUCGGAGCCGCUCCGUCGCCGAUCUCGACCGGAGCCGAAACGCCUUCCGCUAGAAAGCUCGGGAAGCACCGGAGUGCGGCGGCUGUUUCUUCCGGCUCGAGUCCGUCUGAAGCGCCGCGGAGCGAAAUGAAAGUUCAGGCGACCUCGGCGGCGGCGACGAACGGAGGAGAUCAUCAGCAUCACAAUCACAAGGCGAGCGAUAAGUCAAUCGCCGGCGGCGGCGUGAUUUUGGGUGGACUCGCCACCACGUUUCUGGUGGCGAUUAUCUGCUACAUUAGGGCAACGCGGAGAUCGAACUCAGAAGUGAAGUGAGGGUUUGAGACGACAUGUCGGUCUUGGUCUUUCACUUCGACGCGUCGUUGGUUGGUUUGGUUGUAACUUGUAAUUGUAAUUAUCAUAAACGUGAAGCUGAAAAUACUAAAAUAAUAUUAUAUC